AUGCAGGAGACCACUCCUUUAUUGGUAAUGAUCGCAAAUGGAAGUAAGAUGGUCAGCCAUUACAAGUGUAGUGAAUUUAAAUGGAAAAUAGGAGGUCACGAUUUUGCAGUGGACCUAAGGAUCCUCAGGUUAGGUGGAUGCCACAUCGUGCUGGGCGUGGAUUGGAUGAGGACGGUAAGUCCCCUCGUGUUUGACUUUAACACACUAGAAGUCACAUUUGAGAAAGAAGGCCAAAAAAUUACUCUGAAGGGUUGCACGGAGAUAGGGGACUACAAGCUAGUAACAGGCAAGAGACUGCAGAAACUAUUGGAUAAAAGGGGACCAUCAGUAGGGCAAUUACACUCCUUAUAUGCCCUGGAGAGCGACUACCGAAGAAGGGGUACUGCCCUUAUCAAGCUGAGAAAGGAGGACCAGCACACGGUCCCUUCACCCAAGCUCGGCCACACUCAGGUUCCCUACCGUGGUCUCCUACAGCCACUAGAGAUUCCCUCCCAAGCUUGGGAGCUGAUCUCUAUAGAUUUCAUUGAAGCUCUACCGAAGUUGGAAGGAUUUGACACUAUUCUGGUGAUAGUGGACCGCUUAACCAAGUACAUCCAUUUCCUUCUCCUUGCCCACCCUUUUACAGCUCCGGAAGUGGCUAGGAAAUUAAUGGAUGGCGUCUUUAAGAUACAUGGGGCACUGAAGGCUAUAGUUUCGGAUCGUGAUAAAAUUUUUACAAGCCAAUUCUGGAAGACCCUGUGUCAAGGACUAGGUAUCGGGCUGCAAAUGUCAUCUGCCUACCAUCCAGAAACCGAUGGUCAGAUAGAGCGCGUUAACCAGUGCUUGGAGACAUACCUCCGAUGCCUUUGUUUUACAAAUCCCAGAACCUGGAGUCGUUGGUUGCCCUUAGCUCAAUGGUGGUACAACACCAACUUCCAUACCGCUCAUAAACGAACACCAUUUGAGGCUUUAUUUGGCUAUGCUCCCCCGAUAAUUCCGGCUGUGUUACAUUACACUCCCGUCGAAAUCUCGGCUGACCACUAUCUACAUGCACGGCAAGAUGCACUUCAGAUAAUAAAGAGAGAACUCGGUCUGGCCCAAUAG